AUGUCUGUAUCAGCAAAAUUUUUGGUAACGGGAAUGUUAAUUGGUGGCGUGUGCAAUACCAUACUAAAUAAACUUCAAGAUAUGCAAUGUGUUGAAAACUGUGAUCAAGAAACGAAUAAAAAGUAUUUUGAACAACCAGUUUGGCAAACUUUGAAUAUGUUUAUCGGAGAGACUUUGUGUUUUCUGGCUGGAAAUAACCAAACUAGUGUUGAUACUGCUGAUAAUAUUAUUGUUGAAGAAGAUAUUAAUGUUCCUAUUAAAGAAUUGAAAGGUUGGAAAAUAUUUUUAUUUUGGUUUCCAACAAUGUGUGAUAUUUGUGGUGCUACGUUAAUGAAUGCUGGAUUGAUAUAUACUACUGCAUCAGUUUAUCAAAUGCUUUGUGGAGCAGUUGUAUUAUUUACUGGAAUAUUUUCUGUAUUAUUUCUUCAAAGACAUUUAUAUCCUUAUCAUUGGUUUUCACUUUUACUUGUAGUAUUAGGUGUAACAAUUGUUGGUAUGAGUAGUGUAUUAUUUCCACCAAAACUUACAAAUGAUCUUAUUAGCAGUGAUUACAAUGAUUUCAAUAAUUUAACAACAUUUGAUAAUAGCAUCAUCAAACCAAAUAAUGAUAAAGAAGAUAAAGAUGUAUCAGAUGCAAUUUUAGGAAUAUUUUGUAUUAUAUUUGCACAAGUAUUUACUGCAUCUCAAUUUGUUCUUGAGGAAAAAAUCAUGGAAACAUAUCAUGUCAAACCAUUGAAAGCUGUAGGUUACGAGGGAAUUUUUGGUUUGGGAACAAUGGCUUUUGGAAUGAUCAUAUUACACUUUACCAUUGGCGUUCAUCAACCAGAUGGUUAUUUUAAUAUACCAGCCAGUUGGAAUCAAAUCAUCUCUUAUCAACAAAUUUGGAUUACUGGGAUUGCAAUUUGUUUCUCUGUUGCUUCUUUCAAUUUUUUUGGUUUGUCAGUAACAAGAUCUAUUAGUGCCACCUCAAGAUCCACUAUUGAGACUUGUAAUAUAUUAUUUGUUUGGAUGAUUUCUAUAGCAUUAGGUUGGGAGGUUUUCUCUUGGUUACAAGUUUUUGGUAAAUAUUUAACACAUAAAGUACUUCGUUCAAGUUGCACCACCGUCAACCGUUUAAUAUUGACCGAUUAA